CUGCUAGGUGACUAUGACAAGGUGAAGGCGGUGUCCGAAGGCUCCGACUGUCGGUGCAAGUGCCUGGUCAGACCCCUGGGCCGUGGCGCCUGCCAAAGGAUUAAUGAAGGCACCUUCAAAGCCGAGGAUUUUUACACGGUGGAAACCAUCACGUCAGGACCCAGCUGCAAGUGUGCGUGUGUGGCCCCCCCUUCGGCACUCAAUCCCUGUGAGGGGGACUUCAGGCUGAAGAAGCUUCGGGAGGCAGAGAGUAGCGACCUGAAGCUGUCCUCCAUUGUUGAGAUGCUGGAAAGUGCCUUUUAUGGCUUGGACCUUCUGAAGCUGCACUCAGUCACAACUAAGCUGGUGGGUCGUGUGGAAAAGCUCGAGGAGGGCAUGUCCAGGAACUUCACCCAGGAAGGCCACCGGGCAGGAGCCAGCAUGGAGGAGGGUGUGCAGGAUCCUCACCGCAGGGGCAAGGAGAACUGCUCCAGUCUCCUCACCAACAGCCUGGCCGACCUCGAGAGCUCGCUGCAGCGGGACGCCGAGGCUGCCUACAUGCACGGCAAAUAUGAAGAAAGGUUCCUCAAAGAUGAAACCAUCUCCCAGCAGAUCAACUCCGUUGAGUCCCUCCCGGAGCUGCACCUCUCUCUGGAGGAUGAGAAGCACAAGCAGCUUUUGGAGAGGCAGCUGCAUGUGAGGAGCCGACCUCCUUCCAAACCCACCAUCAUCCGAGGAGUCACCUACUACAAAGCCCAGUCCACUGAGUCAGAGAACGACAUCGAGGAGCAGCCAGACGAGCUGUUCAGCGGGGACAACACAGUGGACCUGCUGAUUGAGGACCAGCUCCUGAGGCCCAGCAGCAGGCAGGCCCUGGAGGAGGAGGACAUCAGGAACAUCAUUGGGCGCUGCAAGGACACACUGUCCACCAUCUCAGGGCCCACCACCCAGAACACCUAUGGGCGCAACGAAGGGGCCUGGAUGAAGGACCCCCUGGCCCGGGAGGAGCGGAUAUACGUGACCAACUACUAUUACGGGAACACACUCGUGGAGUUCAGGAACCUUGACAACUUCAAGCAAGGUCGCUGGAGCAACUCCUACAAGCUCCCGUACAGCUGGAUUGGGACGGGGCAUGUUGUCUACAAUGGCUCCUUUUACUACAACCGAGCCUUCACACGCAACAUCAUCAAAUAUGACCUGAAGCAGCGGUACGUGGCGGCCUGGGCCAUGCUGCACGACGUGGCCUACGAGGAGUCCACCCCGUGGCGGUGGCGAGGCCACUCGGACAUAGACUUUGCUGUGGAUGAGAACGGCCUGUGGGUCAUCUACCCGGCCAUCAGCUAUGAGGGCUUCAACCAGGAGGUGAUUGUGCUGAGCAAGCUGAAUGCGGCCGACCUCAGCACUCAAAAAGAGACCACGUGGCGGACGGGGCUACGGAAGAACUUCUAUGGGAACUGCUUUGUCAUCUGUGGGGUCUUGUACGCGGUCGACAGCUACAACAAGAGGAAUGCCAACAUCUCCUACGCCUUUGACACGCACACCAACACGCAGAUCAUCCCCCGGCUGCUCUUUGAGAACGAGUACGCCUACACCACGCAGAUAGACUAUAACCCCAAGGACCGCCUGCUCUAUGCCUGGGACAAUGGGCACCAAGUCACCUACCAUGUCAUCUUUGCCUACUGAGACACCCCCCCCGCCACAGUGGGGCACUGCGAGCCAGGGGCCACCAGCACCUUUUAUUAUUAUUUUUAUUGUUAUUAUUGUUAUUUUGUACAAAUCAGAGAGUAAAUGAUGGGUUUUGUUCCAAGCUGGUUUUUUAUGGUGGAUUGUAGAUCGAUCCCCAGGCCAGAACCACCCCCUUCAUCUUUGCUGUAACCUUGCUUCUG